AUGAAAGCACUCUCUAUUAUUCCUCUUGCCACGCUCGCAACGUCUUCUGCGCUCCAGCAAUAUCUCCAUGAAGCUUCCCACUCUCAGGCCUCCCUCAGCUCUGGCUCGAAGCCACUAGUAGACUCGAAAGCUCUACAAGACCACAUUACUUCUGACAACCUCUUGAAACGUGCUAACAAGCUGUUCGAAAUUGCUCAACUUGGAGUUGAAGAAUAUAACCAUCCAACGAGGGUGAUCGGUAGCGACGGCCACGUCGGAACACUCGAUUACAUAUACUCUACACUUGCCGGGUUGGGCGAUUACUAUGAAUUAUCAAAUCAGAGCUUUGAGGCUGUGGUUGGGAAUAUCUUCGAAUCACGUUUGGUUUUGGGGGAUGGAGAGCCAAAGUCAGCUACGCCUAUGUCCCUAACUCCUCCAACAAAGAACAAGGACGCUGUAUUCGGACCGUUGGUGUUGGUAGCUAAUGAGGGCUGCGAUGCCUCAGACUACCCAUCCAAUACCACUGGCUCGAUCGCCCUGAUUAAGAGAGGUGUUUGUGCAUUUGGAGACAAGUCUGCUGCAGCUGGAAAGGCUGGUGCUAUAGCUGCCGUUGUUUAUAACAGCGAGAAGGGUUCGCUCUCGGGAACUUUGGGAGAGCCCUCGAAAUAUCAUGUUGCUACGUUUGGGCUUUCGAACGAAGAUGCCCAACAAUUCAUCAAGAAGUUGCAGGAUGGGAAGCUUAUUCCUUCCUCGGCUUACAUCGACUCCAUUGUGCACAAGGCUCCGACGACCAACAUCAUUGCACAGACAAAGGGGGGAGACCAGGACAACUGCGUCAUGUUAGGAGGACAUAGUGAUAGUGUUGCAGAAGGGCCUGGCAUCAAUGAUGAUGGUUCCGGCUCUAUAUCACUGCUCGAAGUAGCCACUCAUCUGGUCAACUACAGCGUGCAGAAUUGCGUUCGAUUUGCUUGGUGGGCUGGCGAAGAAGAAGGGCUUCUAGGCUCCGAUUAUUACGUCUCUCAACUGUCUGAGAAGGAGAACUUGAAAAUCCGACUCUUCAUGGACUAUGACAUGAUGGCCUCUCCCAAUUACGCUUAUCAGGUCUACAAUGCCACCAACGCGCUCAAUCCUACUGGAUCGGAAGAGCUCAGAGACUUGUACAUUGAUUUCUACAAGUCUCACAACCAAAAUUACACUUUCAUUCCUUUUGAUGGACGAAGUGACUAUGAUGCUUUUAUCAAAAACGGAAUCCCUGGUGGUGGUAUAGCAACGGGAGCAGAGGGUAUCAAGACGAAAGACGAAGUAGAGAUGUUUGGUGGAAGUGCGGGUCAAUGGUAUGACCCAUGCUAUCAUCAAUUAUGUGAUACUGUGGAUAAUUGCAAUCUUGACGCUUGGGAAAUCAACACCAAGCUUAUUGCCCAUUCGGUUGCAACUUAUGCCGUAUCUUUCAAGGGAUUCCCUGAGCGGACUGGCGUUUCAAGUAACGCACAGGGAGAGAAAUCCCUUUAUCACGGACCGAAGCUCGUGAUGUGA